UCCUCUGGUAGAUCCAAACUUGUUUUAAAUCAAACCCAUUUGAAAGAGUUUGAAUUUCUGAGCUUGGAAGCUCCAAUUAAUUGACCAUUUUUCACGGUUUCAAAAUUUGUAGUUUUCUCCCAUCUCUGACACGACCCUGAUAACCCAUUUCUUCUUUUCUCUCCAUCCAUCCAUCCAUCCAUCCAUCAUCAAAAAAAGAAGGGGAAAAUGUAUGGUGCCCAAAGCAAAAGGGACAUUCCCUUGGAUUGGCAGGCACAAUUCCCCAUCUUAAGGCAAAGCAUCCACACGAGGAGAGCAAAUAUUAUUGUCAAAUUUCAAGACCUUUAUGGGUUCACGGUGGAAGGCAACGUGGAUGAUGUGAAUGUGUUGAAUGAGGUGAGAGAAAAGGUGAAGCAACAAGGGCGUGUCUGGUGGGCACUCGAAGCAAGCAAAGGGGCCAAUUGGUAUUUGAAGCCGCAGGUUUCUUCCGCGAUUGGAUUGAAAUCUUCACUCAAGUUGUCGGGUUUUGUUAAUGCCAUUGCAUUGAAGAAACUUAUUAGGAAAGGUAUUCCCCCUGUGCUUAGGCCUAAGGUUUGGUUUUCACUUUCCGGUGCCGCCAAGAAGAAGUCGUCGGCGCCUGAAAGCUAUUAUAAUGAUUUGUUGAAGGCCGUUGAAGGUAUGGACACGCCUGCAACUCGUCAGAUUGAUCAUGACCUUCCACGAACCUUCCCUGGUCACCCAUGGUUGGACACAGUAGAGGGCCAUGCAGCUCUAAGGCGUGUGCUUCUGGCGUAUUCUUUCCGUGAUUCUGAUGUAGGCUACUGUCAGGGAUUAAAUUAUGUUGCUGCAUUAUUAUUGCUUGUCAUGAAAACAGAAGAAGAUGUAUUUUGGAUGCUUGCCGUCCUACUUGAGAACGUUUUAGUUAAUGACUGCUAUACGAAUAACUUAUCUGGAUGCCAUGUUGAGCAAAGGGUUUUCAAGGAUUUGCUUGCUAAGAAAUGCCCAAGUAUUGCUACUCAUUUGGAAGCAAUGGGGUUCGAUGUCUCACUUGUUGCUACUGAGUGGUUCCUGUGCCUCUUUUCUAAAAGCUUACCUUCAGAGACGACUAUGCGGGUAUGGGAUGUUCUUUUCUACGAGGGGGCAAAGGUUCUUUUCCAUGUAGCUUUGGCUAUAUUUAAGAUGAAUGAACAUGAAUUGCUUCUAACGCAUCAGGUUGGUGACAUUAUUAAUAUAUUACAGAGAAGUACCCAUCACCUUUUUGACCCUGAUGAGUUAUUGACGGUUGCAUUUGAUAUGAUGGGAUUCAUGACGACAAACACGAUAUCAAAGCAAAGGAAAAAGCAAGAAACGGAGGUAAUGAAAGAGCUCGAUCUGAGAUUGAGAAGGCUAAACUCCAUGAAUGAGAAAUAAAAGUGUGUUGUGUAAAAGACUGGGAGUUUGUACAUCAAACAUCCUAUAAUGGAGAAGAAAAUGAAAAUUACUGGCAUGCAUUUCUCUAUGGGAAGGACAGUUGGACUUGCAUGGUAAUGAGUGAAGUUGGCAAUUGAAGCAGUGAAGUCGGAUGUCAAAGAAAGAUGAGGCAAAUGGUGCUCUUGAAGAUGCAGCGAUGUGGGAUUGAAAUGAAACCAAAUUGGGGUGUGCUUGCUGAUUGAGCCAUAGAUAAAAAUGGAGGUUUUUGUUUUUGGUUAGUUUUUGACAUAGGACAUUCAUAUGUAUUCCUUUAAUCAAUAUUGGUAUUUUGAGUUUCACUUAAUUUCGAACAAAUUGUAAA